UCUCUCUCUCUCUCUCUCUCUCUCUCUCUCAGUAGAAAACGACUAUGGUGGUGGCCUCACCAACACCAAUUGGUAGUGAAAAGAUCCAAUCCGUCGGAGUUCCAGUCAUCGAUCUCUCCCACAAGAGGUCCCAUGUUUCAGAACUGAUUGUUAAAGCCUGCGAAGAUUAUGGGUUCUUUAAGGUUAUCAAUCAUGGAAUACCUGACGAGACCAUCUCCAAGAUGGAAGCUGAGGGACACGAUUUCUUCUCGCGACCCACCUCCGAAAAACAAAAAGCCGGACCACCUAAUCCUCUCGGCUAUGGGUGCAGGAACAUCGGCUUCAAUGGCGACACUGGAGAAGUCGAGUAUCUCCUUCUCCAUACCAAUCCUCUCUCCAUUUCCCAGAGAUCCAGAACCAUUUGCAAGGACCCAAUGAGAUUCUGCUGUGUGGUGAAUGAUUACAUUGAGGCAGUUCAAGGGCUUGCAUGUGAGAUCUUGGACCUGUUAGCUGAAGGGUUGAGAUUACAUGAUAGGAGAGUUCUAAGUAGGUUGAUCAAGGAGAGUGAUAGUGAUUCAGUGUUCAGGCUCAAUCACUACCCUUCAUCACGCAAGGAGGUGGACAAAGGGAGGGACAUGACGGCCCAGUGCCGGAUCGGGUUCGGGGAGCACUCAGAUCCGCAGAUCUUGACCAUCCUGCGAUCCAACGAUGUCGGGGGCCUGCAGAUCUCCGUCGACGAUGGCGUUUGGGUCCCAAUCUUGCCGGAUCCUGCUGCAUUUUGCAUCAACGUUGGGGAUGCGCUGCAGGCUCUGACAAACGGGAGGUUUUUGAGUGUGAGACAUAGAGCCAUGGCUAACUCAUGUAAGGCCAGGAUGUCUAUGAUAUAUUUCGGUGCACCUCCUCUCCAUGCAAGGAUCUCACCCCUCCCAGAGAUGAUCACACCCAUUAAUCCAUGCCUCUACAGGCCCUUCACGUGGAGUGAAUACAAGAAGGCCGCAUAUUCUCUCAGGCUAGGAGACCGACGGCUCGAUCUCUUCCUAUUGAGCCCAGAUGAAGAGGAUCAGUGACACAAGAAAAGUGGGCCCUUCUCAAGGUCCCAACAUCUUCAACCUCCAUAGAGAAUGCCACAACUUAGGAAUGCUAUUUUCAGCCAUUACAUCCUUCAUUGUGCCACACGUGUAAGGGAUAUGUGGUGUUUCUCUUCUGGGUUCCUUGGUCAAUGUCUUCUAGCCCAAAAAUUAGUGAAAUGGACCACUUUUAGCAUUUUCCUCCCCACCCAUUUCCAGGAUUUCAUAUGUGACCCACCUGAUGAAUGGACCAGCUGCGUUUUUGGGCUAAGGAACACUCACUGCAGGGCCAAGCUGAUAAUCCCUUACACAUGUGCUACAUCCAUUCGUGUGCAGAUGGACGGCUGCAAAUAGCAUUCCUCUACUAUGGGUCUGGAAGGUUGAGUGCGUACGUGACAUGAAAAACAAAGGAG